AUGUCUGCUAUGAGUGCUGCGCAGUCUGACUCGACCAGCUCAGAUUCAUCAAUCUCUUUCCUACGAAGGCGGUAUUCAUUACUUGAAAUGGUUGCGAGCUUGACUCUCGACGGCUUUCCGGCUGAGGAUCUUAAUUAUGGCUCUUCUGAAACUUCAUCGCAGCCGACACGGGUCUUCUUUGAUGAUUAUGCCGGUUGUUACCCUGAAAUCUUUGAAAUAUUCCACCAAAUACGCGCUGUUGCAUGGGAACGAGGACAGAGAGAGCGCAAUUCUCAUGACUUCGUCUCGCUUUCUGAUUCAGACUUUUACUCUGAACCGGCCAAUCUUGAGAGCCGGAUUUUGGCAAUGAUUGAACGAGAUGAAAGUACCCGACCAUGCUUCUCCCCAAGUCUCCAGGGGACAUUGGACGAAAAGCAAACCCUCGAAUUUGCUUAUUGCAACUUGUUACUCGAAUACACUGCACUGAUUCACAUCCGCACGCAGAUAAUGAGCCUUGAUCCUGAGGCUAUGGAAGUACAGCAGCCAGUGAAAAUGAUCAUCCAUCUUAUCCAACAGCUUGAGCCUCCGUCGGGCCUUUCGCCUGUCCUGGGGGUGAACACCGCUCUAUUCAUCGCCGGGCGCUAUGCAUUUGGGGCAGAUCGUAUGACUGUUCAAUCCUUGCUUGUACGGUUUCAUCGGAAAAUGUACAACUACAAUAUGGUCAAUGCGAUGGAUAUUUUGGACUUGAUAUGGCGACAGGUGGAUUCGGGCCAGAAGAACAUUGGUACGUCAUGCAAAAUAUAA